AGCGGUGACUGGCGCUGAUUGGUCGACGAAAGCUCCUUGCUUAGAAAGAAGACAGAAGCCGGCGAGCUUGAACCGAUGUAAAAUGGCGCUGAGUCAAGGAACAAAGAAGAAAGUUUGCUACUACUACGAUGGCGAUGUGGGAAACUAUUACUACGGCCAAGGGCAUCCCAUGAAACCCCACAGGAUCCGCAUGACCCACAACCUUCUCCUCAACUAUGGACUGUACAGGAAGAUGGAGAUCUAUAGACCCCACAAAGCCAGUGCGGAGGAGAUGACCAAGUACCACAGUGACGACUACAUCAAGUUCCUGCGGUCCAUCCGCCCGGACAACAUGUCAGAGUACAGCAAGCAGAUGCAGAGAUUUAACGUUGGAGAGGACUGUCCCGUGUUUGAUGGCCUGUUCGAGUUCUGUCAGCUCUCCACUGGAGGCUCUGUUGCUGGAGCGGUGAAGCUGAACAAGCAGCAGACAGACAUCGCCAUCAACUGGGCCGGCGGCCUCCACCACGCCAAGAAGUCUGAGGCGUCUGGAUUCUGCUAUGUCAACGACAUCGUCCUGGCUAUCCUGGAGCUGCUGAAAUAUCAUCAGAGGGUGCUGUACAUAGACAUUGACAUCCACCAUGGCGAUGGGGUGGAGGAGGCCUUCUACACCACAGACCGGGUCAUGACCGUCUCCUUCCACAAGUAUGGGGAGUACUUCCCUGGCACCGGAGACCUGAGGGACAUUGGAGCUGGGAAGGGGAAGUACUACGCGGUCAACUACCCUCUGAGAGACGGCAUUGACGACGAGUCCUAUGAAGCCAUCUUCAAACCGAUCAUGGCUAAAGUGAUGGAGAUGUACCAGCCCAGCGCGGUGGUCCUGCAGUGUGGAGCAGACUCUCUGUCUGGAGACAGGCUGGGCUGCUUUAAUCUCACCAUCAAAGGCCAUGCCAAGUGUGUGGAGUACAUAAAAGGCUUCAACCUCCCCCUGCUGAUGCUGGGCGGAGGCGGCUACACCAUCCGCAACGUGGCCCGCUGCUGGACCUUUGAAACCGCCGUGGCGCUGGACUCCUCCAUCCCCAACGAGCUGCCCUACAACGAUUACUUUGAAUACUUCGGCCCUGAUUUUAAGCUCCACAUCAGCCCCUCCAACAUGACCAACCAGAACACCACCGAGUACCUGGAGAAGAUCAAGCAGCGGCUCUUUGAAAACCUGCGCAUGCUGCCUCACGCGCCCGGAGUCCAGAUGCAGGCGAUCCCAGAGGAUGCUCCCCACCCAGACAGCGGGGACGAGGACGAGGCGGACCCCGACAAACGCAUCUCCAUCCGAGCCCACGACAAGAGGAUCGCCUGCGAGGAGGAGUUCUCCGAGUCUGAGGACGAGGCGGAGGGGCAGGGAGGAGGCCGGAGGAACGCGGCCAACCACAAGAAGUCCAAACGAGUGAAGAAGGAGGACGAGAAGGAAGGAGAGGAAAUCAAAGAAGUGAAAGAAGAAGAAAAGGAAGAGGAGAAAAUGGACACAUCAGGACCAAAAGAAGAAGCAAAGACCACCUGAAGCUGGACGGCAGAAGACCCCGCCCCCCUCCGUUCUCUGAAGCCCUGAUGUUUAAAAAUCCUUUUUUGUAUCUGAUCAGCAGCUGGACUGAACUGUCCCCCUGUCUGAAUACCCCCCCACACACACACUCAGAGUUCCUGAACCGUCCUGUAAGUUAUUUUAAACCAUGAGGACCCCCCCUCCCCCUGUACAUGUAUGAAUGUGAACCUGCAGACGUUGGUGAGUGAAUGUUUUUAUAUUUUCUAUUGUUCUACAUAAAGAUUGAAGCCACUU